CGCCAUGAUACCAGAGAAGAAGAGGACAUCGCUUAGAAAAUGGGGGCUUGCAUGGCCUUGUGUUCCCUUGCUAGCUGUGCCUCCUGUCUGUGUGGCUCCGCUCCGUGUCUGCUAUGUGGCUGCUGUCCCUCCUCCAGAAACUCCACCGUCACCCGGCUGGUGUUCUCCUUCUUUCUACUCCUAGGGACCCUGGUGUCUGUCAUCAUGAUCCUCCCUGGCAUGGAGGCACAGCUCCAAAAAAUCCCAGGCUUCUGUCAGGGUGCGAGCACCAUACCAGGCAUGGAGAACCAGUUUAACUGUGAUGUCAUUGUGGGCUACAAGUCGGUGUACCGCAUGUGCUUCGCCAUGACCUGCUUCUUCUUCCUCUUCUCAGCCAUCAUGGUCCGCGUCCAGAGCAGCAAAGACCCGCGUGCAUCCAUUCAGAAUGGUUUCUGGUUCUUUAAGUUUCUGAUCCUGGUCGGCAUCACUGUGGGAGCCUUCUUCAUCCCGGAUGGAACCUUCCAUACGGUAUGGUUUUACUUUGGCGUGGUUGGCUCCUUCAUCUUCAUCGUCAUCCAGCUUAUCCUUCUCAUUGACUUUGCCCACUCUUGGAACAAGAUAUGGGUGGGGAACGCCGAAGAGGGCAACUCAAAGUGCUGGUUUGCAGGCUUAUUGUCGUUCACCUUCCUCCACUACGCACUGGCCUUCACCUCAGUGGUGCUGUUCUACAUCUACUACACCCAGCCUAACGACUGCACCGAGCACAAGGUCUUCAUCAGCCUCAACCUCAUCUUCAGCGUCAUCAUCUCCAUCGUCUCCGUCCUGCCCAAAGUACAGGAAGCCCAGCCCCAGUCUGGUUUGCUCCAGGCCUCUCUCAUCUCCCUCUACACCAUGUAUGUCACCUGGUCCGCCAUGACCAACAACCCAAACCGUAACUGUAACCCCAGCCUGCUGAGUCUGGUGUCAAAUGUCAGCUCCAGUGAGCCCACACCCACCAGUGCCCCAGGACAGGUGCAGUGGUGGGACGCCCAGAGCAUUGUGGGUUUGGUCAUCUUCCUCUUCUGCACUCUCUAUGCCAGUAUCCGUUCGUCCAGCAACACCCAGGUGAACAAGCUGAUGCAGACCGAGGAGGGCGGGGGUUAUGGAGGAGAGGGCGAGGUAGGGGAGGACGGUGUGCGACGUGCCGUGGAUAAUGAGGAGGAGGGGGUCACCUACAGCUACUCCUUCUUCCACUUCCACCUCUGUCUGGCCUCCCUCUACAUCAUGAUGACACUCACCAACUGGUACCAGCCUGACACCACCACCCAGGCCAUGCAGAGCAGUAUGCCAGCUGUGUGGGUGAAGAUCAGCUCCAGUUGGCUGGGCCUGGGACUCUACCUCUGGACCCUGCUCGCCCCUCUCAUGUUUCCCGACCGAGACUUCAGCUGAACAGCCCCCCAUGGGGUCACCAUGGGCUUGUAAGAUGUUGUGUGGAAGUUUAUUAUAAUUCUUUAAAAUACAAGUCAGCAUUUUUGCAUUGGUC